CAAAGUCUUUCGACACUUAUCCUUACUAUGUAUGCCGAUGAACUCAUCAAGAAAUGGGCGGAGGAGCAUCGAAUUCGAGCUUCAACCACAAAGAACCAGCCUGCUUUCUAUCGUAAUCUUGAGAGGUUCCUUGACUCCCGUCGCCAAGGUCAAAAUCUCAUGGGUCUCAAACCUCGAUGGGAUGAAACUGUAGCGGAUUUUACGACUUGUGAUUUUCUUUCGCUAUCACGCUCUGGCAGAGUUCGUGAAGAAUUUCUAAACGAACUUGCUCGUUAUCCUAACUUUGAUCUCGGUGCAGCCGGGUCACGAAUUCUGUAUGGCAACUACCCUUAUUUAAACCAGACUGAACAGGAAAUUGCGGAUUUUCAUGGCGUGGAAGCCGUACAUCUUACACAAUCGGGGUUUGCUGCAAACGUUGGAGUUCUGUCCGGCGUCCCGCUUCCUGGAGAUGCCAUCGUAUACGACGAGCUCGUACAUGCGAGCAGCCACGAGGGCUUCCAUCUUAGUUUGGCUGAGUAUAAGUUGCCAUUCCGCCAUAACGACCCCGAUUCUUUACGCGACACUCUCGCUACACUGAAGUACGAUCAACCAGAGUUUGAGGCAGGGGCUCGAUCGGUACUUGUGUGUGUUGAGUCUAUCUACAGCAUGGACGGUGAUGUAUGUUUACUUCAAGAGUUUGUCCAAGUUGUCAGAGAAGAAUUUCCAAAUGGCAAUGCACAAUUCGUCGUAGAUGAAGCUCAUAGUCUUGGUAUUAUUGGAGAAAAAGGAAAAGGGCUAGUCUCUUUGUUGGGCCUUGAGAAUGAAAUAGCUAUCCGAAUUCACGUGGCAAGCAAGUCUUUGGGUUGCGUUGGUGGUAAAGUCAACUUCUCUGUUUACAAUCCUAUAAUCUAGUACUAACAGUCGUACUAGGUAUGAUUCUUUGCAAUAAUACAAUCCGCUCUAUGCUAUUGAAUUGUGCACGUUCAAUUCAUUUUAGCUGUGCGCCCUCAUUUCCAAUGGUUGCUUCCAUCCGUUCAGCCUAUCAACUUCUUAUGAGAGGAGAGACAGAAGAGGUUAGUGAAACGUAUUUAGAAAAAGAGUUUACUUACUAAGAUAUUUUAUCCACAACAGGCACAACACAAAAUUCAAAACAAUGUCAAACACUUCUUCGCAGUCCUAACUUCAAACCCUGUUUGGGAUACUGCGGUAGACGAAGGCCUCCUAGAUAUUCCUCUUCUUGAGGAUUGGACACAACGCCCAUUCCAGACUCACAUUGUGCCUCUACGCACUCGAGCAGGUCACGAAAUGCUUGUUUUUUUUCAGUUGAUACUUAACAAUAUGAACGCUUAUCCGAUGGCUUUUCCGGUGGUACCUAAAGGACAAAGUCGGGUACGACUUGUUUUUCAUGCGCAUAACACCUUCGGGCAAAUAGAGGACUUGGCUUCAAAGAUUUGCGAGUGGGCGACCGAAAUGCUGGAAAUUGAAAAGGGAGAUUCGAAGAACGAGCUACCAAAGUCUGCCCGCCAGGCUUAUGGCAUUCGGAGCGAAAUUGGGGUUGUGGAGUAGAGCUGGAUAUUUAUUAUGGAUUUCGUGAAUUGCAAAU